AUGAUUAAGGAGAAUUCGUAUUUAGGAUAAGGAAAAUCAUCAUUAAUUUUGCUAAGUAAUUGGAAAUACAACUAUUAAAAUUAAUGUAAACAAUUGAUAGAUAAAUUGUAUCAAUUCAUAAUUUACAAUUUGACUACGAUUAUAGAGGCUACAAUUAUAAGGAAAUUGCUAAGAACCCUAAAUAAGAUUUUAUUUGAAGAAGUACUUCAUUAUAAGUUUAUGGUGUAAAUAGUACCUGAAUCUUUAAAAACACGUUAGACAACAUGCAAUCUACAAAAAUUUAAUCAUAAUUCUGAGUGA